AAUACAUUUAAAAAUAUCAGUAUGCAGAGCUGUUGCUUCAAAAAUUUUUCUUUGGUUUUUUUCUGUUUUUCAGAGUCUCACUCUCAACUAAAUGUGUGUGGUCGGCCGAAGCUCAACACCAGAAUUGUUGGGGGACAGCCGGCCCCUGAGGGCAGCUGGCCCUGGCAGGCCAGCCUGCAUGUCUCUGAGCGACACAUCUGUGGAGGAUCCCUCAUAAACCGUGAAUGGGUGAUGACUGCUGCUCACUGCUUCCCGACGGAGAGUGAAGCAGACUUGAUUGUGUAUCUCGGUCGCCAAUUUCAAGAAGGAACAAAUGCCAACGAGGUUUCUCGGACUGUAACACAGGUCAUCAAUCAUCCAAACUAUAAUCCUGUAACUGGUGAAAACGACAUCUCCCUCCUGAGGCUGAGUGCAAUAGUGAUUUUCACCAACUUCAUCCAGCCCGUGUGCCUGGCAGCUCCAGACAGCACCUUCUUUGACGGCAUUGACUCCUGGGUCACUGGCUGGGGCAACAUUGGAUCUGGAGUACCCCUUCCUUCCCCACAAGAGCUAAUGGAAGUGGAGGUGCCAAUAGCGGGGAACAGACAGUGUAACUGUGACUAUGGAGUGGGCACAAUCACAGAAAACAUGAUCUGCGCCGGGUUACGAGAAGGAGGAAGGGACUCCUGUCAGGGGGAUUCAGGAGGCCCACUGGUGAGCAAGCAGAACGGUGUGUGGGUCCAGGAGGGAGUUGUGAGUUUUGGAAAUGGUUGUGCUGAGCCUAAUUUCCCAGGAGUGUACACCAGAGUGUCCCAGUAUAAAACGUGGAUAAACAGCCUGGUCACCACUGAACAGCCAGGCUAUGUGACCUUCACAUCCACUGGGACUGACAGUGACCUCAGCGUCACCUGCCCUGGCCUGCCACCACCUCCAACCACCCUCCCUACAACAACCACAGCCAAACGUGAGUGUCAUGUCAUGUCUGGAAACACAGAUUUUGACCUUAAAUUUCUACUUUAAAAUAUUUUCAUUUUU